UUAAAGUUUUCUUUCCGGGGUCGCCACCGUGACUUCCGUGUUGUUAGCCAGGGCCAGCAGUUAAACAACAAGGCCGAGCUCGAUGUCGGUGUCAGUCUGAGGAAGAGAAAACCUGAGGCUUGUGUUGAACACUGGGCCCUGAGGUAUCUGUGGGCCAGUAUUCAGAUUUUGAAUUCGCACACACAAGUCACGCUGGAUGGGUUGGCUGGGGACAUUUAAGGCCAGCUGUUAACGUCCUUUGCACCUGUACGGGCAGCACAAUGGCCAGCCACUUCCGUAGCUACAUCUGGGACCCAGUUCUCAUCGUGGGCCAAAUUGUGUUGAUGCAGUGCAUCUUCUACAGCUUCUUGGGCCUGUGGAUGGCUGGAGUAGACAGUCUGGUGCCAACUAGUCGAUCACUGGACCAGAUCUUCAGCUAUGAAGCACUUGGCUUUGCAACAAUGCAAGGAAGGCUGUCAAUGAUGGCGUUCAUCUUAAACUCUCUCACCUGUGCCCUUGGACUGUGGUUCUUCAUACGUCGAGGGAAACAGUGUCUGGACUUCACGGUCACUGUGCAUUUCUUCCACAUGAUCGGCUGCUGGAUCUAUAACUCUCACCUUCCAGCUGUCCUGUCCUGGUGGCUCGUCAAUGUAGCCUGCAUGGCCUUGAUGGCUGUAAUUGGAGAGUACUUGUGCAUGCGAACUGAGCUCAGGGCCAUUCCAGUCAAUAGUGCACCCAAGUCUAACCUGUGAAUUUUUAUCGACACCAUGCUGAAAAUCUGUGGAUCGGUAACCCUCAAUGGACUCACUCGAUGGAGGUUUUUCCACUUUUGGUAAAAGAAAUGGAACAUGACCCUGCAUCUGUUAGAUUGUCAUGCAUUUCCUCUUAAACUGAUACAGUGGAUGAACUGAUCUAUUUAUUCUUUGUCCUUUAAAUGUUGGACAGUGUAAACUCUUGCAUAUUAAGAUACAUAUUAUGCUUGAAAGAAGACGUCACUUUCUGUGAAACUAACAACUAUUGAUAGAAUUUUUUUUUGGCAACUGGUUACAUAUCCUCUCAAAACUAAGAACAUCAGCAUGAUCAUUCCAUUUCCUCAUUUUCAAACAUUUUAAGAUUAAAAGUGUUUUUUCCUUUUCAAAUGCACUGAAAAUAAUAAUCUGAGAUUAAACAGGGCGUGCAACAGCUGUCCAAAACCAGACAUUUUUCUCUUUCCUCCGUUGUGUUGCUGGAGCAGCCAACAGACAUCAUGACCAUCAUGUUACAGGAUAUUUUCUCACAGCAAUUUUGAGAUGUAAGUGUGCAAAGUUAUAUCUUUCCUUUCUCAGUCGCUGGAUGUGAAAGCCAGAUGUCCCAGUCAACAAUGUGUGUAGGAGAGUUUUCUACUUUAAUACGUCACCAUUACAAAAUCAGGCUUCAUUUAUCUAUCUGGUUAAACUUUGUACAUUCUGUUUGUUCUAGACUUUCAGUACAGUAUUUUGAACAGCUUGUUUGCUUCCCUCUCUCUAUGUCAAUGGUGUAUAAUGCAGAUGAGGCGGCCACUUUGGGGACAGAUUAUCAGCCACCAGCGGCGUUUACAAACAUACAGUCACUGUUUGUGGGGAUGUGACAUGAAAACUCCUGAAAUGUGCAGCACUUUAUUAUUCAGCAUCAGCUUCUAAAACUCAAAAUUACCUUUUUAUUAUGACAGCACAUAACUGAAUAUGCAGUCUCUUGAUUUGAAAUCAGGUUUGUAAAGCGGAUUAUAAAUACAAUAUUAUGGUAAUGGUACAGUUGACAUUGUGAUAAAUUGGCUUUCUUGUUUAAGGUUAAUUUUGUUCUCGUGUCUGCUCACUAUAUGUUGAUAAUUUUUUCUUAGUUUAAAACACUGGAAGUGGGUAAACAAGCUGAGCAUGCUUUAAAACCAACACCAGCACCUCUUAAACUCACUGUGACAUAUUACCUCGGACAGGGUGGUUUUGCAUUUUGUUUGUUCUUCUGAUUGGCAGCAGUAUUGUACAACUAAACCAAUCUCCAUUAAGUUUGUGCAGGGGUAGGACAUGAAUCAUCGAACCUAUUCCAUUUUAAAGUGCAUCCAGAUAAACAGGCUGAUCUGGUAAUGUUUUUUCACUUGGUUUAACAUGGAAAGACAGAGUGUUAGCUUUGGCAGAGGUAUGCAUUGUCCACCCUUCUAGUUUCUCAUUGGUUUAAUGCGAUCAAAACCUCACAGUGAUGGUCCUAAUUCAUUUUAAAUGUGAUUGUAUAACUAAAAUAGAUGAGAUAUAACAUAUUCAUCAAUGAGCUUUAAUAGGUGCUGGUGGUUGGAUUUGGUUACCUUUGCACAGAGUAUUCCUUUCCUUCCUGUUUUCUUCUGGGCUACAAUUGUUCUGUACAAAGAUGAGGGUGAUAUCGACCUGAAGGCAACUGUCAGCAAGAAAGCAAACAAGCAUAUACUCAAAACGUCAAAUUAUUCCUUUAAGGUUUUAUCAAACGCAUGACUCUUACUAAGCCAGUGUCUUUAUUUGAUUAUUUGUAACCAUGGUGGUGAAAGUAUUCACAAUACCACCAUUUUAUUCAGCAUACAUUUUUAAAUAAGUUUUAAGUUUUUAUUAUGUAAUUAAACACAAACAACUUGUGAACUGGACCUAUUCAUGUAAUUAUAUUCUCUGUCUUGUUGACUAUAGGCAGACGCAUCACAGUUGAACAUGUUUAAUUGUGUUUGCAGCAGCAUUAAGAAUUUUUUUUUUCUUGCAGAAUGCAAGUACCUCUGUGGAUAUGCUGUUUAAUAAAACUCUACCGGUUUGGAUUUA